AUGAUGAUGAUGGUAUUCCUACCUCUCCCCCUGCUUCUCCUGGCCAGCCCGUAUUAUAUCUCUGCUGUGCAUGCCCUCCUUCCGCCUUUCUUUCUCUCCGCCCACCACGCCGGCAAUGCCUCCGGGAGAAAGUCCACCUUCGAUUGGUCGUCCUUGACCAGUGACACGGAGCUGGUCUACCACUCGUGCUACGAUGACAAGUUUCAGUGUGCGAGGCUGACGGUGCCUCUGGACUGGCGGGACUCUUCUAAUCCCAAUAACGUAUCUUUACCCGUGAUACGCUUGCCGGCUACCGUGCCUCCAUCGGAUCCUAAUCAUGCUGGCACCGUCAUCGUCAAUCCCGGCGGCCCUGGCGGUCCUGGUACCUUAUGGGCACUCGAGAAUGCCGAAAAGCUGCAGACUCAACUCGAAGGGCCACGCAGCUACGAGAUACUCAGCUUCGAUCCGCGUGGAAUCUUCGGUUCAGUGCCGAAUGGCUACUGUUUCGACGACGCUGUGCAGGCCGAGAUCUGGUACGACCAGAAGGAAGCUGUGGGAGGCUUGACAUCUCAUCCUUACGCGCUCAAAUUCAAUUGGGCUGCCGAAAAUGCACGAGGCGAGCUGUGCGCGAAAACGGACAUCGGCAAGUAUCCCAACGGCGACAAUAUCCGACAGUUUAUGUCUACUGCAUCUGUGGCACGCGAUGUGCUGGAGAUCAUUAAGAAGAUUGAGUCGCAAAAGUCUUCCAGUCAGAACAGCGUGGCGACCCGUAGAGGAGAUUCCCAGAAGCCCAUCGACGGCGAUGGUGCCAUCUCAGUCCCAAAGCUACAAUUUUUUGGCACCUCUUACGGAACGUUUAUUGGACAGGUUUUCGCGGCAAUGUAUCCCGAGCAUGUUGGCAGGAUGGUCUUAGAUGCGAAUCUCGAUGCGGAAAAUUGGAUCUCUCGCUACGAAGCAUCCACAGACGAUCACUUGGAUAUUCGCGAGUACUUCUACGAGAGGUGCUUCCUGAGUAAGCACGAAUGCGACUUCUAUCGUGAACAAGACCAGGGCCCCGAAGAUGUCAAGGCCCGCUUCCACGAGCUGCUUGAUCUUCUUGACAGAGUGCCGGCGUAUGCUACAGGGAGUGGGCGCGCUUCGCCCAUCACCAGCGGCGACCUCCUUCAAGGGUUUAUGACGACGACGUAUCAACCGCUCCUAUUCUUCAAGGCCUACGCCAAGUUUUUGAGCAAACUUGCGACCCAGCAGAACCCUGGUGUGCCAUUUUGGCGACGCCCUGUUCCCACCAAAGAGGCCUUCAGCGAUAAAAUGUUGGCACAGGAGUAUCUUGGCGGCGAAGUCUCCCCGGCGGUACACUGUGCUGAUGGCCCAGAACCAUUUUCAGGCCGCUCCGAACAGUUUACGGGUUUCGAAAAAUAUCUCGCAAAUCUCACAGAUCGCUUUGGCAGUCAGGUUGCUGGUCUGCAAGCCGAUUUCAAGAUUGCCUGCUGGUCAUGGCCGGACUCGUUGCGCACCAAAUGGCGCUAUGAUGGUCCCUUCGAAGGGGACGUGCCGAUUCUAUUCGUGAACAACCGGCUGGAUCCCGCGACUCCUGCGAAGAGCGCGAAGAAGAUGGCUGCACGCUACAAGGGCAGUGUCUUUCUCGAGCAGGAUGCCGCGGGGCAUGGUGCACUCUUCCCACCUUCCAUGUGUAUCUGGGAGCAUGUGAGAAGUUACAUGGAAAAGGGCGAGCUGCCGCCCCAUGGUACUGUGUGUGACCCCAAGUGUAUACCUUUUGGACAGCCCUGCGAUGGGUACGAUGAUAGUCGACUGGUUGUAGAGAGCGUUGGGUAGGGAGGACGAUUGAUUAUACCUAAUGACCUGCGCAGGUCGUAAAACUCGAUUAGACAUGAUAUAAUAACUACCUGAUGAUUGCACCAUUU